AUGGAUGAGAAGAAGAAGAAGAAAAGCACACCGUGGUCGAUUGACGAGGUUACGACGUUCCUCCAGCUGAUAGCAGAUGACAAAAUCCAGCGGGAGCUCGACGGCACAACUCGCAACCUCAACGUUUUUCAGGAGGUCUCUGCACUGUUGUCCGGACGCGGAUACGCAAGGACUUUCCAGCAGUGUAGGGACAAACUGAAAAAGCUUAAGAGUGAGUAUAGAGCCGUCAAGGACCACAACGGCCGGAGUGGUUCAGAUAGGAGAAGCUGGAAGUGGUUCGACCUGAUGGACGCUAUUUAUGGCCAUAGACCGGCCAACGUUGGGAGGGAGGGAGGCCUGGACUCUGCAACCGCGUUGCUGGAGUCCCUGCAUGAUGAUGCCAUAGAUGAAACUAGUGAGGAGGAACAGUCCCGAACAACGGGUGAUCCGUCCUCGUCAUCGAAUCCAGAAGGGACCCCAACUCGACCACAGACACCAGCCGAACAACCGACACCAACUCAACCACCAACGCCGAGUGCCAUCACGACACCGCAGCGUGUGGUUCUAGGCAAGAGGAAACGAGGAGGAGACGAGCACCUAGCACAGGAGGAACGGCACCAUGAACGGAACCUGGCCCAGGUGGAUCGGCACUGGCAGCUGACCAUGGAGGAUACUGCCCGGGCAAGGCAGGAGGAAAUGGCCUUGAGAAGGGAGGAGAACGCUCAAACUCAGGCAUUUAACUUAGCCUUCCUGCGCACUCUUGGCCAGGUUGUGGACAGCCUACGUGGCCCGUCUCUUCAGGAAGACGAACCACCUCUGUAAUUCCCACAUUAGUACAGUACUUUCUUGUUUAUGUCUUAUCUUUCUUUUUUGUUUUUAUAAUGCCAUGCCUUUUUAUGCUGCAGCAACACAUAUUUUUGUUUUUUUGUACAAUGCCAUGCCUUUUUAUGCUGCAACUAAAACACUUCCCAAAUUGGGAUUCAAUAAAGUACUUCUCAUCUUAUCUCUUGUUGAUAAAUGCAUCAUCUGAUUUCCUGCCAUAAUCUGAUUAACAAACUGAUUUUCGUGAGCAUGUAAACAAAGUCACUGGGUUGCCACUCACACACAAACACACAGUUUUGGAAUCCAAUCAUAAACUGAAAUGAAAUGUACACGUUUCAUUAAAGGGCUUUAAAUCAGCAGAACAAAAACACUGAGAAUUGUGUCGUAGUCCAACGUUUAAAACAAAUUCAGAUUCACAUAAUUUUGAGGCAGAAGUUAU